AUGUCUUUACCCAGCAUUUCUUUACCUUCAUCGCCAGUUUCCAUAUCCUCUACUUUGACAGAAGAAAGGUUAACUCGCAUGAUGACAGAUGAAGGCUUAAACUUAGAUGACAAUGAUUUAUCAAUUCUGUGUAAAGAAAAAAUAUCUGGUCUCGCUUUUCUGAAUAUGACAGAAGAUAGAUUCUGUAGUAUUGGUUUGGCAUUAGGACCAGCGAUGGCACUUGCAAAAUUUAUCAAAAGUCUAGUCAAUGGAGAGGAUAUAAUGAGCAUCAAGCAAUUCAAUCCAGUUGAUUAUGCAAUAACUGAAAUGAAAGAUCUUUUGUGCAUCACUGAGGGGAAGCCACGAAAUGUCAAGAUAGGUUACCUCCAAAAUAUAAAACAGCUCGAAAGCUCGUUCUAUAUGAAUAAGAGGAAACGAACAGCUGAUGAGGCAUUCAAUGGUGGGGAUUAUGACUAUCUAUAUGGGAUCGUCUCUACAGCCAUGAAUUGGCAUUUCAUUAUGUUUAUUUCUGAUGGGAUUUUCUAUACAAGUAAUAGUGAAUAUCAGAUAAAUUUUACGAAAAAGGCACUUAAGGGAAAUCAUAAAAAUUUAAGGGAUGAUAUAAAACAGAUAAUCAGUAUAAUUGUGGAGUUAUUGAAAGAUAGGAUUUCCGCUUGUGAUGAACCCAAAUCCAAGAAGCAAUGCAUACAAGAAAAAAUCAAAAAUUUUACAAAGUAA